CAACUUUUCCAGGUAUUUUCUACGGUGGUGCGGAGUUCACUAUGACAAUGAGAGAGGAGUCCGACCCUGAUGCCAAUUGAGACCAGUCUCUACAAUCGCGUCGGCUGUUUUUCGGCAAUUCCCAACCAACUGGUCAGUCAAGGUGAGACAACACCUUUGAGCGCCUGCGGAUUGGACCUCGGUACUUCCCCAAAAUGCGGAUCGACAGCAACUGGCGGGACAUUUUGUUGACUACCAGUCGCGAAAUCCCAAUCGCAAUAUAGAGGUAUUGACUAUUCUACAAAGACAUCUACGCUUAUGUUCUCAUCUCAGUGACUCGACUUUGCUGCGGUCUCUCGGCCUGUGAACCUACUACCCGCCACCUCUCCCCCCAUAUCCUCCAACAUGUCCUCCUUUCGAAUCGUCGAGCAUACCAUACCAGCGCAACAUAUCCGAGAAUGGCCCCGAGCAUUGGCCGAGUCUCAGGAAGACGUGCUCCAGCUGGCAGUGAAGCAAUAUAUACCCAAAGACAAUGCACAUCCGCGGCCUGGGGAUGUAACAAUCAUCGGGGCGCACGCGAACGGAUUCCCCAAGGAGCUGUACGAGCCGCUAUGGGACGAGAUCCAUGCUCGGUUACGAAAGAGCGGCAUUCGCAUCAGAAGCAUAUGGAUCGCCGACGUCGCCCACCAAGGACACAGCAGUGUCCUGAACGAGCAACUCCUGGGCAAUGACCCGAGCUGGUUCGACCACUCGCGGGACUUGCUUCAUCUCAUCAACCUGAAGAGACACGAGAUGCCGCGGCCAUUGAUAGGCGUUGGCCACUCCAUGGGCGGUGCCCAGCUGGUCAACCUUGCUUAUAUGCACCCACGUCUACUCACCACGCUCAUCCUAAUCGACCCCGUCAUUCAGAAAUAUUCCAGUGUACCACCAGACGUCGGUCCCAGUCCAGCCAGACUAUCAACGUUCCGUCGCGACGUCUGGCCUUCGCGGCAAGAGGCGGCCAAAGGCUUCGAAUCAAGCAAGUUCUAUCAGACAUGGGACCCGCGGGUGUUGGACCUCUGGAUUCGGUACGGCCUCCGCGACAUGCCUACGCUGAUACACCCUGAGGAUCCGCCCAAAGUGACAUUGACCACUCCCUUGCACCAAGAAGUGUUUACGUUUUUGCGUCCCAAUUACGAGGGCUACGGGCACAACGGGAAACCGGUCAACCGGAAGACUCACCCGGACCUCAAUCCGGCCCUGCCAGGAAUAUACCCGUUCUAUCGCGCCGAGGGGCCUCAAACUUUCUUUCGCCUUCCCGAACUCCGCCCCAGUGUCCUGUACGUCUUUGGCGGCAAGUCCGAUGUCGGCACUCCCGAAAACUGCAAGGCCAAGAUGGAAACCACGGGCGUCGGUGUCGGCGGUAGCGGAGGCGCACCUGCGGGCCGGGUGAAAAGCGUCUUGUUCGAGGAUGUCGGCCAUUUGAUCGCCAUGGAGGCUGUGGAUAGAACCGCCGACCAUGCCAGCGCAUGGAUUGCGAGCGAACUGGAGAUUUGGAAACGCGAUGAAGAAGAGCAUAACCGGGUCUGGCAGGCCAAAUCCCUCGUCGAGAAGCAGAUUGUCGAUGAGCAGUGGAAGAAAAUGAUUGGAGGUCCUCUGCGAAAGCCGAAGCAGACCAAGUUAUGAUGGAUACCACGACAUCAGAGCACGAACUCGACCGAGGAGAUAUUUAGAAUGGACUGGAGACCCGAAGCCCAAAGCAGACGUGGAUUUUCUUGUCUACUGAUAUGCCGCCAUCUUUCAGCCACGUCAAAACUCGCGUGAGUUUUUGUUUCGUCAAAGUCAGGAAUGUGGAAUCCGUCGUGCCGGGCAUCACAUCCCCCUUGGUGGUGGUGACAUGUCGCCUAUUGGUGGCGGAUGGCUUUCUUGACAAGCAAUUUAUGUGGCUGGCUCGACUGCUGAACAUAUACAGUACUAUCGCCAGAUUUUCGACAAGGAACAAGGUUAUUUACAUUGGAUUCAUACAACGCCGCAUAUCAUGGACUCCAGGCCAGGAGGUACAUAGCUACAAGUAGACCAGACUAUAAUUGGAAAGUCCAGAGGCUCUGAAUCAAAGCAAGCUGUACUAUACUUCUGGCAACUCUCAUCAAUGUUCAUUCCUUCGGUCUCUUGUUAUUCCGACGCUGAUCCAGCUUGGGCUUGUCGCCUUGACUUCCACCAACAAAAGGAGAAAAGCAAAACCCGCACCGUACAUCCCCAGACGACCUACCGAA